AUGUCGAGCACGCAAGAAGUGGGUGAAAUCUUUGGAGAGGGCAGCGGCCCUGCCCAUGCCAUGCUCCGAUCACCGACCAUUCUGAUUGCCAGUGUCGGUUUUUGGGGAUUGAACAUUUUGAUCUUUCGCAUCUUUCGAAUCAACUAUGUCAAGGUCUUGCAGUACGAUUUGAAAAAGCUGAAAAAGGACGAAGAUGCGGAAUUAGUUUCUCAUCAAGAGGAGACGACUUCAGACGAUUCGUCGCCCGACAAUACGAAUACUAAUAAGAUUAUCGGCAAGGCAUCCUCCUCCGAAGGAUCCACCGUGGCCACAUCCAGCAACAGCAGUACUUUUAGCGGAGACAAUAAUAAUAAUGGAGACGACGACGAAGAUCAUCACCAUCAUCAUCAUCAUCACACGGACAUGUCACCCAGUGGAACAGUCGUUUACGAUGCCAUUACGUGGAAUCGAUUGGUCUCCUUUUCCGCGUCACUGCUUUUCUUGUUGCACUUUACGACCUACUUUUGGAUGGAAGUAUUGGGAGGAGGAUUCAUUGGAGCCAUUUUUUCCUUUUAUGGAUCUGUCAUUACCGUCAUUCUACUACCCAUUCCAUCACUGCAGUGGCUACGAAAGGGAUGUGCCAUUGCCUUUCACAGAACUUUCGAAUUGGUCAAUCCACGCUGUCAUUGUCUCAAAAAAACUGAUCCAGCCGCCAUUCCAAGACCCAUUCCCUUUGUCGACGUAUACUUUGCCGAUGCCAUGUGUUCGCUCAGCAAGGUCUUUUUUGACAUGGGAAUGCUCCUACACAUGCUCAGUCAUUAUCCAGAGCCCGUACCACCGUCGAUUCAUAACAUUGUCAUUCCAUCUGCAUGUGCUGCUGUCCCUUAUCUCAUUCGGGCAAGGCAAUGCUUGGUCAUGCACACUGUGGGGAAACUCCAGAAUGACCCCAAACGAAGACAGCACAUACAGAAUGCUAUCAAGUAUUCGACGAGUUUGUGGCCUCUAUUCCUUUCAGCAUACCAAAAGUGUAUUGCACCGGACAAGGCAGCAGAAUUGGAAACUCUCCUCGUUUUCUUGCUCAUCAUCAACGCGAGUUAUUCCUUGUACUGGGACAUUGUCAUGGAUUGGGGCAUGAUGCAAGAUCCAACCAAAGUGGCAGCUUGUGCCGGGGGAGUUUACCCAGUCGGAGAAGGACUGGCAGAAAAGCCACAGACGGAUUGUACCCAUGUGCUGCUGCGGCCUAGGCUCCGUUUUGGAUUGGGCAUUUCAUUGACCAUUCUCAUCACAGAUGCCAUUCUACGGUUCAGUUGGGCAUUACGAUUCUAUCAUGCGCUCUUUCCAUCGGCAGAUGCAUUCGUCCUCUUUACUCAAUUUCUCGAAGUCUUUCGACGGGCCAUCUGGAAUCUGCUUCGAGUGGAAUGGGAAAACAUUAAGCAACAAAAAGCACAAAUGGAGAAAGAACAGGAACCUGCUGUGGCAGAGGAUGAGGAGAGCUCUGCAUUCCUUCCACCAGCAUCUCUGCCAAUGACAGUGCCAGCAAAGCGACCAAAUUCGUCUACCACAGCCUAG